AUGGCCUUUUUUAUUCCACAAUUCUUAGUACAAAAUGCUAUGCUCUGGUUGCAACAAACCCACCAAGCAAGUGCGUCUAAAAAGCCCCAGUAUCAAAAACAUGACGGUAGGCCAAGCAUCAAGUUGAACAACCUUCAAUUUACCGUCCUUCCCAUGCAGUUCCCUGACGGUACUGUGGUCAAAUACGCUACCACCACACCUACACCCACACCAGCCAAAAAACAAGUCGCACCUGCUACCACUACUACUUCUAUCAAUAAUGAGUGGAAAAUUAGCACAAAAAGAGCAAUAGAACACCUUGAUCAAGAAAUCAAGAGACUAUCAAGUUCAAUUUGGGUACUUUAA